AGAUUUCAGCUCAAUUGAUAUUCACACAUCACACAGUUUGUAUCGUUUAAGUGGGAAAAUUGUUUCUAAAAUAUUUGGUGCAUUUUAAAACUUGAACAAAAUGCAGCGAAUCUCGCCGCUAGUGGCUUUCGUUGUACUUUCAUCGACGUUAGUUUGUUGUGUCAAUUGCGAAGGUUUUUACACAAUCGUUGCGCCCGAACACAUUCGUCCACAUUUGAAUUAUCAAGUCUCGUUGACGCUACAUAAUCACGCUUCACCAGCCACCUUUCGUUUGAGCAUUCAAGAUGGAUUGGAAUACAAAAAUGAAAAAGAAAUUACAAUCGACUCAAAUCAAACGGAAUUGGUAGCGUUGCAAAUCGGCGACUUAGACAUGUCAAAAGGUUAUAAGCUCGUGGCUGAGGGAAUAUCUGGGCUCAUUUUCAAAAAAGAAAGAACACUGAAGAUUGAAACCAAAAAUGUGUCGAUUUUCAUCCAGACCGACAAGGCAAUUUAUAAGCCAGGAGACUUGAUCAAGUUCCGUGUUUUGGUACUCGAUCGUGAGCUGAAACCAGUUACACUAACGCCAGACAACCAGCUCAGCAUUCAUAUCACCGAUCCAGAAAAGAAUCGCAUCAAGCAAUGGCUGAAAGUGACACCGAAGAAAGGCGUUUUCACGAGUGAAUUUCAACUGGCUGAAUUGGCCAUGUUGGGUAACUGGAAAAUCGAAGCUCACGUUGGAAAAGAGAGUAAAAGCAAAGAGGUCGAAGUGGCCAAAUACGUCCUACCGAAUUUUGAUGUUACGAUUGACUCUCCGAACGAUUUUUCGGCAAAAGAUGGCAAAUUGCGCGCUAUCAUUCGAUCGAAAUACACGUAUGGGAAAUUGGUGAAAGGAGAAGCGAUCGUAUCACUAACUCGGAGUGAUUCGUAUUGGAAAAAUUCAGACAGUGUCUUGAAAACGAUUCCCAUCAAUGGGAAAGGAACCGUUGAAUUCAAUUUGGUUGCAGUCGAAUUCACAAACUAUAAACGUAGUCAUACCUAUGAACUAAGGGCCACCGUCAUCGAAGAAUUAACUGAUCGUAAUCAAACCGCGUCGAAGACUAUAACCAUCCAUCAAAAUCGCCACAAGUUCAAUCCAAUUGGAUUGAUCAAAGAAUUCAGUCAAGGAUCGCCAGUGAAUUUUUCGGUAAAUCAAAUUGAAAAUUUUAUUGGUGUCAGUUAUCAGGAUGGUUCACCAGUUUUGAUGAAUGAACAGACUAAAUGGAUUCAUAUUCAAAAACGACUUGAUUUUUCCUUUUAUGAUAAUCAAGACGGUGAUUACACAUUUGAGUUGAAUGAAAAAGGCAUUGCGGAUAUCUCAAUACCAACAGAAGCAAACGAACAAUCCUUCGCUUUAGAGGUUAAAUAUUUAGACGAAGAAGAAUAUUUAGGCCACCUCUAUCCUCGUAAAAGUAUUGAACUAUCUGAACUCGAAGCAAAGGUGGUGUCAAAACGUCCAACGCUAAAUGAGGAUGUGUUCAUUGAAGUGAAAUCGAAGCAUUUGCUACAGAAUUUCACGUAUCAGGUGAUUGGCCGUGGCAGAAUCAUUUACGCCGAAACAGUUGCGGUUCCGAACCAAAAUUCACUUUUAUUCAACUUCAAUGCCACCUUUGACAUGGUUCCAAAGGCUACAGUAAUCGUGUAUCGCUUCAAGAACAAUGAAAUUGUUGCCACCAAAAUCGAAGUUGCAAUCAACGAGGAGAUGAUCAAUUUCGUCAAAUUGAAGCUAUCUGCACAAGAGGUACAACCAGGCAAGGAAAUCAAUAUCGAUGUAAUCACCAAGCCAGAAUCCUACGUUGGUUUAAUGGGAGUAGAUCAGAGUGUGUUGCUGCUCAAGAAGAAUGACGAUUUCAACAAAGCGAUGGCAUUGCGUGCAAUGGAAGAAUAUCAAAAAGUUCUACAUGAAUCCGAGAACGGUCCAUGGUCUGUUACGCGGCGUCGUUACAUAAAUGAUUAUUUCAAACCUUUUGAACAGAGUAGCACAAUUCUUUUCACCAAUGCGAAACAAGAUGAAUUUGUACUACGAAGACAUUUGUAUGGUUACCCCAGUGGUGACUUCUCUGGAUAUUGGGUAGCUCGUAGCGGGUUAGCCAACCAUCUUUCAUUUAACCGUGCACCGUUCAACCCAAGCGUCAUGGGAAUAAUACCAAUGAAUUCAAUGUUACCAACGGACAAACUACAAUCGGAAUCUAUAACGGAUGAUCUUGAAGCGCCCACCGAACCGCCAAAAGUUCGUAGUGAGUUUCCAGAAACAUGGCUCUGGGAGGAUCUCGAUGUAAACAGUCCAAAUGGCACUAUUACAAUCACAAGAAAUGUACCAGAUACAAUCACAUCGUGGGUGAUUAGUGCUUUCUCUGUCGAUCAAGAGACUGGCUUGGGUUUUACCAAGAAUCCCAAGACGCUGAAUGUGUUCCAACCGUUUUUCAUAUCAUUGACCCUUCCUUACUCCGUGAAACGAGGCGAAGUGGUGGCAGUUCCAGUCGUUUUAUUCAAUUAUUUGAACACGGAUCUCACCGUCGAAUUGGUUGUGAGCAAUGAUAAUGGUGACUUCGAGUUUGUGGAUGAUAUCGAAGGCGAUCAUUCAUCGAGAAAGCGCAUCGUAUCAGUUGAAUCAAACUCAGGUCACUCUUCAACGUUUCUCGUUCAAUUUAAUUCGGUGGGACAAAUUUCGCUGAAAGUAACAGCCACUUCAGCCGUAGCCGGCGAUGCCAUCGUUCGAAUCCUGCAGGUCGAUCCAGAAGGUGUUCCACAAUUCGUCAACAAAGCCGUGUUCGUUGACUUACGUGAGGUGGACACAUUUAAUGCUAAUCUAAGUGUUGAUGUUCCGGAGAAUGCCGUGCGUGGUUCGUUGAAAAUCAAUGUGAAUGCAAUUGGCGACCUUCUUGGCGGAGCUAUUCAAAACUUGCAUCAGCUCAUUCGAUUGCCGACUGGCUGUGGCGAGCAAAAUAUGUUGAAUUUCGUUCCGAAUAUUGUCGUUUUGGACUAUUUGAAAGCUGUGGGCAAUCUCGAUCCAGCAAUCAAAGACAAAGCUAUCGAAUACUUAUUGAGUGGAUAUCAACGUGAGUUGACCUAUCGCCACGACAACGGUUCAUUCAGUGCAUUUGGAAAGAGCGAUAGCAGGGGCAGUACUUGGCUGACGGCUUUCGUUGUGAAAUCAUUCAAACAAGCAGAAGACUACAUUGACGUGGAAAGCAAAGUGAUUGACGAUGCUUUGAAAUUUCUCUGUGAUGUACAAGCGGCUGAUGGAAGCUUUCCAGAAUUUGGACGAGUUAUACAUCAAGACAUGCAAGGUGGAUCAAGCAAGGGAAUCGCUUUGACUGCAUACACAGUAAUUGCUUUCUUGGAAAAUAAGAAAUCAAACGAUUGGAAAUACGAAGAGACAGUUACUAAAGCGAUGAACAACAUUGUUUCGAAUAUUGAAAAUAUCACCGAUUCAUACUCACGAGCAAUUGUCGCAUACGCUCUUCAAUUGGCUUAUCAUCCGAUGAAAGACCAAGUGCUGGAUAAUUUGGUUGGCACAGCCAUGGUUAAAGAUCAACACAAGUGGUGGACAACAUCGAAACCGGAUGCACGACAGUCGAAAUCUCUUGACGUUGAAGUCACUUCGUAUGGACUGCUAGCACUUACUGGUGCGAAACGAUCGACCAAAGCUCUGCCAUAUUUUCGAUGGCUUUUGACACAACGAAAUGAUAAGGGCGGAUUUUACGGAACCCAAGACACUGUCGUUGGAUUGGAAGCACUGGCGAUGUACAGUCAACUCUUGAAUAGCAAUGAAAAUAAUGUCCGGUUGAAAGUGCAAGCCAACACCAUCGAAGAUCGUGUGCUGGAAGUAAAUGAUGAAAACGGAUUGUUGUUCCAAACUGUUGAUUUACCAUCGAAUACGUCAUCCGUUCAACUCUUCGCUUCUGGCCAUGGAUUCGCCCUAUUCCAACUAUCGUACCGAUACAAUCUAAAGAACAGUGACAUUUAUUCAACAUUCACACUGCAACCGAGAGUGCUCGAAACCACAAGCGGUCACUUCAACAUCGAAGUUUGUUCAAGUUUCCAUCCAAAAACUGACGACGAGAAACAAUCUAACAUGGUGAUUGUAGAAGUGUCGAUGCCGAGUGGUUUUCUCGUCGAAAAGGAACGAUUAAACGACCUAUUGAAAAAACCACACGUCAAAUUGGUGGAAACGAAGAGUGGCGGAACGGUAGCCGACAUUUACUUCGAUCAAAUGAUGCCAAACGAAGAAAUGUGCCUGGAAAUUCAAGGAUAUCGUUCGUAUAAAGUGGCCGAAAAUAAGCCGGUGCCUGUGCGAAUCUACGAUUACUACGACAGUUCUCGAAGCGCCCGACAGUUCUACCAAAUUCAGCACUUCACCUCAUGUGAUAUCUGCGAAGGCGACGAAUGCUCGAAAUCGUGCAAAAAAUAAUCAAUCGCUUCUGAACGGAUCUUCAAAUGGGAAUUUAUUUCAAGUUUUUCUAAAAAAAAAAAAGUAAAACAAGGGUUAUAAAUAUAAAAACAGCUUGAAUAAACGAUUCAAUGCAAA